AAAAGAACAGAGAGAGAGAGAGAGUUAAAAAAGAGGGCCGUAGGAAGAGCCGCGCAGAGUUAGUUACGGAGCAGACGAACCGCAUCGAAGAGCGCACGGAAUCCCACCGCCGAUGCCGAUCGGGAACGCCGAAGGAGAUCGAGGUCCCGCCGGCGGAGCGAGAGAUCCGGUGAGCCGGCAGCUCUGAGAGAGAAUGGCGAGGAGCAGAGGGGGGAGGAGGUUCCGGUUCCGGUUCCGGUUCCACCGGAGGAACCUCUGCGCCGCCGCCGCGUACGCCGCCGUCCUCCUCAUCGCCGUCUCCUCCUUCUUCACGUUGAUCUCCCUGUCGAGGAAGGACGGCUUCGAGGACCGCCGGGAGCGCGUCUCGUCGGAGGAGGAGCAUCCAUCCGAGCCGAUUCCAGACCGAGAACUUUGGGAUGCUCCUUUCAGUUUCAGUUUACACACCUGUGUCAAGCCCACUGCUAAAUACAAAGCUAUGUUAGGUGCACGAGAAUCAGAUCGAUAUAUAACUGUGAGGAGCAAUGGAGGAUUAAAUCAGAUGCGGACUGGUAUUGCAGAUAUGGUAGCUGUGGCACACAUAAUGAAUGCCACUUUAGUUAUUCCUGAACUGGAUAGACGAUCAUUCUGGAAAGACACAAGUACCUUUUCAGAUAUAUUCGAUGAGACUCAUUUUAUAGAAGCCUUGAAAGGUGAUAUUAGAGUUGCCAGGGAGCUCCCAAAGGAGUUGGAAUCAAUUCCUCGUGCUCGGAAGCACUUCAGUUCCUGGGCUAGCAUGGGUUACUACGAAGAGAUGAGAAGGUUAUGGAAUGAGUUUCAGGUGAUCCAUGUUGCAAAAUCGGAUUCUCGACUAGCAAACAAUGAUCUGCCUCUUGACAUCCAAAGAUUGAGGUGUCGUGCAAUGUAUAACGCACUUCGUUUCUCUCCCCCAAUUGAGAUCCUGGCAAAGAAGCUGAUAGAGCGGCUAAGGAGUCGUGAGGGACGAUACAUUGCUCUUCAUCUUAGAUAUGAGAAAGACAUGCUGUCUUUUACGGGUUGCACUUACGGCCUGACUGAAGCUGAAUCAAAAGAGCUGACAAUAAUGAGGGAGAACACUAGUCAUUGGAAGGUAAAAAAGAUUAAUUCCACAGAACAGAGACUAGGAGGGAAUUGCCCUUUGACCCCCAAGGAGGUGGGGAUUUUCCUCCGAGCUCUUGGUUAUCCUCCAUCAACAUUAAUCUAUAUUGCUGCUGGAGAAAUUUAUGGUGGUAAUGCUCGCUUGUCCACGCUCUCAUCGCGCUUCCCUAAUCUUGUUUUUAAGGAAACUCUUGCCACAAAGGAAGAAUUGGAAGGGUUCACUAACCAUGCAUCUCAGAGUGCUGCUAUUGACUACAUUAUCUCAGUGGAGAGUGAUGUGUUUGUUUCUUCUUAUUCUGGUAACAUGGCCAGAGCUGUUGAAGGACAUCGGAGGUUCUUAGGCCACCGCAGGACAAUCACCCCAGACAGGAAAGGACUUGUUGAAGUUUUUGAUAGACUGGAAUCAGGAGACCUGAGAGAAGAUUCCUUGCUAUUAGAACUUGUGCGGCAGAUGCACCAUAACAGACAAGGAGCUCCCAGGAAAAGAAAAGGUCCAUUGCCAGGACUUAAAGGCAAAGCACGUUCCCGGACUGAGGAAUCCUUUUACGAAAAUCCGUAUCCUGAGUGCAUAUGUGGUCCAAAGAGUCAUUCUAAAACGAUGUAAUUGUCUCAGCACGCAAGCAAAUGAAUGGCACCACGCUGGCCAAUACCAAGAGAAAGCCUAAAAUGCCUUUGACGGGCUUACCUGCUUUGCUCUUGUACACUUAAGGUGGGAAAAACGGCACCGUCCAGCGUUUCCAACUUUGCUCAUUGCUUGAUUGUUCUUUUCAUAGAAAAAGAAAAGAUUAUUCAUUUAUUUUUUUCCUCUUUUACAUAUGUCUAUCGGUUCCGAUGUCACAAUCUUUUGCCAAUUCUGACUGUAGGCUUAUCCAGUUGUAGAACGGUGACAACCGAAGGUUUACUUGAUUUAGCUAGAGGAGGAUUUUGGGAUUUUUACCCAGAUCUGGCUCUGA